AUGGAUUUCAAUCGAAAAGCUCAUCCGGAUUGCGUAUACGCCGGAAAUCCAUUCCAUGAAUGUGCUUCAGCUUGUUUAGACAGAAUCGCUCAAGGCCACGGCAAGAAGAACACUAAGAAGCAAGGUUCAAAGAUUCUCAACUUCUCAGGGAGUUUCGGUAGGAAAAAGAAGGAAUCGCGUUCGCAACCGCUUUCACCGCAAUCAAAGCCAUUUCAAAACGGUGGAGGCGGUUUCGCAAACGCUACUUCCCCAAAGGUUCAUCGUUCAGUAGCUCCACAAGUUGCAGUCAAGAACAAGACCGUUCCUGAUCCGAAAACGUCUUUCUCCUCUUCAUCAUCUGGUGAUCCGGAUGAUUUCUUCAAGCAUAAACCGGAAUCGCCUAAACCGGGAAAACAAGAACGCAACCGGAAGAUUGAACCGGGCGGCGAAACCGAAACCACUCUGUUUAAUUUCCUAAGCGCUCCAAUACCUCACGGAAAACAGAGCAGUGAUGAUUACAGCGACGUUGAUGAUGAUGAUGAAAACAAGAAUGAGGAUGGAGUAGAGCUCGAUCUUGAAUCGGUAAUGUCAGACACUUUCGUCUCCGUCGGGAACUACCGAGUGAGAUCGGCUUCGUCCACAAUCCUUAGCGCCAUCAUGGAGAAACACGGAGACAUUGCUCAGAACUGUAAGCUGGAGUCGGACUCGAUGCGAUCACGUUACCUCGAGUGUUUAUGCUCUUUAAUGCAGGAGCUCAGGUCAACUCCGGUCGGACAGUUGACCAAAGUCAAAGUCAAAGAGAUGCUCGCGGUUCUCAAGGACUUGGAGUCAGUGAACAUCGAAGUGGCUUGGCUACGUUCGGUUCUUGAAGACUUUGCGCGGUCUCAAGAAGAUGUGGAGGCUGAGAGAGACAGGCAAGAGGGUUUGUUGAAGGGUAAGAGAGAAGAGCUUGAAGCUCGAGAAGCUGACUUGGUUCGGAUGGAGGAGGAAGUGGCCGAAGCGAAGUUGAGGACUGAGGAGACGAGGGCUGUGAUGGUGGAGAUGGAGAGAGAACGGUCUAGGAUGGAGAAAAUGGGAUUCAAAAUGGAGAAAUUUAAAGGGAAAUCGUUUAUAGAUGAGCUUCUGUGA